GGAGCACGUGAACGCCAUCUGCUUCAUGUGCGGGCUACACGUUAACAAAGCAAUAAUAAUAUGAAUUGAAUGAAAAUGUAAAAACGCGCCGAGUGCGUACAACGGGCGAGUCGUAUAAAUGAGGACCCUCGCGCGUCGCGUCGACUCGUCGCAGUGCCGCACCUUAAACCUCUUGGCAGCCACGGCCAGUCCCCGCACGUGCCGGAACGAGGUAACCUGCCUGCAAGUAUGUUCUCGCCAAGAGACUCGGGCAAUUCCGAUUACGUUAGUCUUAAUAUCCACGAUAGCGGCUUGUUCGCGCGGGGCACCUCGCGCAGCCUGUGGAGGCAAUGGAACCAGCUGUCCAGGUUCCAAAGGAACAUCCUAUACUUCGCAAUAAUCACAGUUUUACUUGUAAUAUUUUACCUCCUGCCUAGCGAAACCAAAGCUGGUACCUCCGACAAUGAGGUAGAUUAUAGUAACGUAGAAGUUGUACAGGAAACUGCCAAGUACGAGAAGGCAGUAGACGAGGUUGUUGUAGAUAACGAGGAGCAGGCUGCCGGACCUGGCGAAGUGAUCGAAGAGCCCGAGUUUCAACCGGAGAUUAAUCAAGUCGACGACGAUCAGAUCGGCGAGCCGCCGCAGCCAAAGCCGAACAUCCUGAAAUUUAACGGGCCGCAAAACAGCAGGCAAGAGGCUGUUGUAGCUGCGUUCAAGCAUUCCUGGAACGGUUAUAAAAAGUAUGCGUGGGGCCACGACAAUGUCAAGCCGAUAUCGAAGAGGUAUCACGAGUGGUUUGGCCUGGGCCUCACUAUAGUUGAUUCAUUGGAUACUAUAUAUAUAAUGGGAUUGUACGAUGAGUACGCGAGAGCGAGGAAAUGGGUGGAAGAUAAUUUAGUGUUUACAAUGAAUAGAGAUGUUAAUUUAUUUGAAGUUACAAUUAGGGUAUUAGGUGGUUUGCUAGCGGCGUAUCAUCUCUCCGGUGAUAUACUCUUUUUAAAUAAGGCUAUGGACUUAGGUGAUCGCAUGAUGCCGGCGUUCUCUACCAGAUCGGGCGUCCCGUACUCGGACGUGAAUCUCGGUACCAGAAGCGCGCACAGUCCCAAGUGGGGCCCCGACAGUAGCACGAGCGAAGUCACGUCCAUUCAGUUGGAGUUUCGUGAUCUUAGUCGUAGCACGGGACAACUCAAGUUCGAGACUGCAGCGGCGAGGGUUUCCGAGCAUGUACAUAAAUUAGAGAAGUACGACGGCUUAGUCCCGAUCUUUAUCAACGCCAAUACCGGGCAGUUCCGAGAGUACGCCACGAUCACGUUGGGAGCCCGCGGUGAUAGUUACUAUGAAUACUUACUGAAACAGUGGUUGCAAACUGGAAAAACCGUCGACUACCUGCGCGACGAUUACUUGUUAGGCAUCGCCGGAACGCAAAAGCAUCUCGUUAAACGUACCGCGGUGAAUAAGUAUCUGUUCAUCGCCGAGUUGGUCGGCGCGAAUAAAGAGAUUAAACCGAAGAUGGAUCAUCUCACGUGCUACCUGGGAGGUACUUUAGCGUUAGGCGUGCGCCACGGACUGCCGCCGGAGCACAACGCUCUCGCGGAAGAGCUUGUUAAGACUUGUUAUCAAACGUACGCGAUCCAGCCGACGUUCCUCGCACCUGAAAUUACCUAUUUUAAUAUACAAAAAAUGGAAGGUGAAAAUCAAAUGGAUAUGUACGUGAAAACGAACGACGCUCAUAAUUUACUGAGGCCCGAGUUGAUUGAGAGUCUAUUUUACAUGUGGUAUUUUACGGGGAAUAAAACGUAUCAGGAUUGGGGUUGGCAGAUAUUUCAGGCUUUCGAGAAUCACACUAAAGUCGAAGCUGGCUACACGAGUAUCGGUAACGUCCGAAACAUUCAGCACACACGCCAGCAAGACAUGACGGAGAGCUUCUGGUUCGCAGAGACUUUGAAAUACUUGUACUUGUUGUUCGAUGACACCAGGCAAUUGAUAGAUUUGGAUAGGUGGGUAUUCAAUUCGGAGGGUCAUCCGUUACCUAUGUACGAGUCGUAACGCAGUAGAAGCAUAGCUGUGUUAUACAGCCAGUUUGGCAUUUUUUGCACUGGUUUCAUCAAAUUAUUGUUUAGAAAAAUUACUAUUGUCAGUCUUUUUUCAAUUAAAUUUCCUUCAUUAAUUGUCAUUCUUUCCUAGAAAAUGAUUUCUGAAGUAAAACCAUACAGUCGAUUUCUGCUGCUCUAAAAUGAUGGGUUUUUUUUCUAUAUUAAAAAAUUUCUUUUUAGUCCUUAGUCUAGCAAUGUGGAAAUGUUUUUAAUUCGUUUUCACCUUAUAAAUUGUCAUAUGAGAAUUAUAAUAAAGAGGGGUGAAAGAAGGAAUUAGUUUAGUUUAGAAGAAAACUAAAUAGCGGAAAAAUAAAGUGGUGAAAAUCGAUUCUAAAGAUUAGUAACUGCGGAUUAACUUGCUUUACCAUUGACGAAAGACUACAAAAUAAACAAGUAUGCAACAUUAGCUGCGCCUACUAAAGUAUCGCGAACCUGCCUAAAACGUCGAAUCAGCAAUAGACGCUGUCAGUACUUUAGAUUUUCAAUUAACGCGCGUUUGAGAAUAUGCAACUGUUGACUCCUUUUUUUUUAAUAAUAAGAACCUUAGCACCUAACUGUACUUACUUGUUUUACCGAAAUUUUAAUUUCGCAAUUUAGGUUGUGUGUAACGUCAUUUUUAGGUGAGAUAAGUAUCCACAGUACAUAAAAAAAAAGAAUAUUAUUAUUUAGUAUUACCUUUACAUUAAAUUCGUACGUUGUAACGUUACAAAACUACUCUAGUCCUCAUCUAGGAAUAAAUUUGAAUAAAUUA